ACAGAAAAAGGCCUUGCUUAUACUCCUAAUUGGAAGGAAGAUAUCUGUUGUUCAAAAGGUAACUCUAGGAACACAAGUGACUAUGAAAGCCCAGAUAGUAAAGAGGAUGAAAACUAUUUAUUAAAAAUAGAAUAUGAAGAAUUGUAUAGUUAUCCAACUUACCAAGAAACAAAUAAUAUAAAUAUUAUAAAAACAAAAUCCACAAAUAAAAAAGUCAGUGCUACAAAAUUAAUGGAUAAGCAAGAUAUAAAUUUAAAUAAUCAAAAAACUGUAAACUACUUAUCUGGAAUUAAUAUCGAUUGUAUAGAAGUUAAGCUUAAUAAAGAAAUCUCAAAACCCACCAGCAAUAAAGGAUCA